AUGGCCUUGACAGCAGAAGUCGAUAGUAUCGCUCACGAGCUGUCGAGCCUUGACUUUCACCACCCAUUCACGCCGUAUGAUGUGCAAAAUCAGUUCAUGCAAACAGUGUAUCAAGUUCUGGAGACGGGACAAGGACAAGUGGGAAUUCUGGAGAGCCCAACUGGAACUGGUAAAUCUCUCUCGCUCAUAUGCGCAUCUUUAACAUGGCUUCGAAAUCAUAAAGCUACCAAGCAGGAGGCAGAACUGCAGGUGGCGGGGGAGUCCUACAAAGACGAACCGGAUUGGCUCAUCGAGAAACUCCUGUCUCGUAAAAGAGAAGAACUGUUGAGGCAAUGGGAAGAUAGAGAAAAGCGUCUUGCGUCUUUCAGACUUAAAGAAAGAAUCCAAGAAGAACGAAGCCGAAAGCGACGCCGCGUGGAAGAUGUUAGGACUACUGUUGAAACCACAGCAGAUGAAGACGCCGAAUGGCUAUUGGAUGCUGAUGAUGACGACACACACCAAGACGAUGCCUUAUCUGGUCUAAGUAAAGAAUCGCGAGAGACUCUUGAAAAGAUUGGCUUAGGAGGACGUGUGAAGCAGACAGAGGAUGAGGAUAUCCUGGAAGAGAAAAUCAAGAUCUAUUAUACAUCCAGAACUCAUUCUCAACUGUCGCAAUUCAUCACGGAAUUGCGCCGGCCUGCGUUUCCACCCUCGCUGCCGCCGUCUGUCGCCAAGGGGUCAGAUGUCUCCUCGACCGAACCUGUGAAGCUUCUGCCAUUAUCGUCACGACAAAAACUCUGCAUCAACCCGUCCGUUGCUCGUCUUGGGUCAGUUCAAGCCAUCAACGACCGCUGUACAGAACUCCAACAGGCGAAAUCUAGCAGCAAAUGCUCGUUCGUGCCCAAGGAAGAGCUUCUAAGCCAAACCCACCAGUUUCGAGAUUCCGCUUUGGCGACACUCCCGGAUAUCGAAGACCUUCAUCUGCUGGGAAAAUCUUUGGCGGUAUGCCCUUACUACGCCUCCCGGGUGGCCCUACCUGGAGCCGAGAUAAUCACGUUACCAUAUCCGCUUCUGCUGCAGCGGAGUGCUCGCGAGGCUUUAGGAAUUAAGCUUGAGGGUAACGUGGUAAUCAUUGACGAGGCGCAUAACAUCCUCGAUGCGAUAUCGAAUGUGCAUGCCGCAGAGCUGCAGCUGAGCGAUCUCCGCAGAGGUCGCCAGAUGCUUGGAGUUUAUGUCAAACGAUUUGGCAAAAAGUUGAAGGGCAUAAAUCGAGUAAAUGUCGGAAGAGUGGGUAGGGUCAUUGAUGGGCUAUCUGAGUGGCUUGAAGGUGCUUUGAAGCUCAAGAGCGAACAUGGAAUCGUUGAUCCAAACGAUCUGACGAGACACAAAGGCAUUGAUCAGAUCAACAUUUACGAGCUAAUCCAGUAUAUACAAGAAUCCAAGCUGGCCUACAAGAUUGAGAGCUAUGUUGCUCACGUUGAGAACGGAGACGAAAGCAAGAAUCCCGGACCCUCAAAAGCUGGAACACCCGUCCUGCAUAUUCUUGUUUCCUUCCUGAUCGCUCUUACGAACCUUGGCUCCGAGGGACGCAUCUUCUACCAGAAGACUCAAGGAGCAACCGCAGAUGUGAAACUUACUUAUCUGCUUCUCUCGCCCACUCAUGCUUUCUCGUCAAUUGUUUCAAGCGCUCGUGCUAUAAUCUUGGCCGGUGGAACCAUGUCGCCGUUUUCAGAUUACAAGGAUCAGCUAUUUCCCACUCUGGAUGCCGAAAAGGUAACAUCAUUAAGCUGCGGACAUGUUAUUCCGCCAGAAAAUCUCUGCGUCUGGACUCUUGCUUCAAGCAAUGCCGAAUCACCCCCAUUUGAGUUUAGUUUCAAGCAGCGAGGAAACAAAGAAAUGAUGAUUCAAUUGGGCUUGGCAAUCUUGAAUGUUUGCAAUAUUGUCCCCGACGGAGUGGUUGUUUUCUUCCCCAGCUAUGGCUACCUCGACGAGAUAGUGGCGGUGUGGCAGCAACGUCAGGGCGGAAACUCUCAAAGCACCUGGGAUCGAUUGCAGGCCCGAAAGUUCGUUUUCAGAGACAGCAAAAAUGAAACUAGUGAAGAGGUAUUACGGGAUUACUCCCAAGCGAUCCUGGGGACUAGGCCGGCUGGGGACAAGCACACCGGGGCUUUACUCCUGAGUGUUGUUGGCGGCAAAAUGUCCGAAGGCAUCAACUUUUCAGACCGGCUGGGACGCUGCGUCAUGGUCGUUGGACUGCCCUACCCAAACAUUGCAUCACCAGACUGGAAGGCCAAACUCGAGUACAUUGAAUCAACAACCGAGGCUAGGCUCAUCAAGGAAGGGCAAAGUAGCAGCGAUGCGACGGCACAAGCGAAGCAGGCUGCGCGAGACUUUUACGAAAACGCCUGUAUGCGAGCCGUCAACCAGAGUAUCGGUCGGGCAAUCCGACACCGUGGAGACUACGCGGCGAUCAUCCUUGUUGACCGAAGAUACGGCACGCCUCGAAUACGAAAUAAAUUGCCUGGAUGGAUUCAGGAUGGCCUUCAUCGAGACAGCCACGAGAAGGGACUUGGCGUGCUGAUGGGGACGCUGGGGGGCUUCUUUCGCAAGAAGUCGCAAGCAAGCAGCGGUGGCUCAUAG